UGAACUCACAAAGAGGAGUCUUUGUUGGUUAGCAAUGCAGCGUUCGUCUUCUCGCAGAGACUGGAUCGGCAAGGAAGAGGUGCUGCUACGUCCGCCACACAGAACAUGGCGGACCCUGAGGGGCAGUAACACCCGGCGCCCAUCCUCCCGCCAUUAGGUUUGUCUCCUGUUGGGCCCAGUGAUUCGUCUACGUCAUCAACCUACGCUUUGAGAGAGAGUUCACUCGUUGAGCCGGGAGGAGAGGCGCAGCCUGGUGAUGUGGACAUGUGGGACACAUCUGUGCUGGGCGUGGAGGGAGCUGUGAGAGAAGCUGGUGCCACUGCCCAGUAAGCAGAUGGAAAUUAGACUAAGCUCGCAGUAAUGGGCAGAAGCUAUUUUGUGGAAGAAGCUGUUGGACAGUAUCUUUCAAACUUCAGCACCAAGCCAAAGGGUUGUGUCACUGGCCUGUUGAUAGGGCAGUGUUCCCCACAAAGAGAUUACGUGAUUCUCGCUAUUCGAACACCUCCAAGAGAAGAGCAAAAUGAAAGCAACAAAAAUUAUCAUCCAAAAUUGGCUGACAUUGAUGAAGAAUGGGUAACAGGACAUGCUAGUCAGUUGUCUAGAAUGCUCCCAGGAGGACUGCUAGUUCUUGGUGUAUUUAUUGUUGCAGCUCCAGAGCUGGCAAAAGACAUCCAAAAUGCUUUGCGCAAGCUACUUUUUUCAGUAGAAAAGUCUAUAAUUAAAAAGAGGCUCUGGAAUUUUACUGAGGAGGAGGUCUCUGACAGAGUGGCUCUUCACGUUUGUUCUGCUACAAAGAAGAUACUUUGUCGAACCUAUGAUAUGCAAGAUCCAAAGAGUUCAGCGAAGCCAGCAGACUGGAAGUACCAAAGUGGCCUGUCUGCCUUCUGGCUGUCUUUGGAAUGCACAAUUAAUGUUAAUAUCCACAUCCCACUUUCUGCUACAUCAGUCAACUAUGAACUAGAGAAAAAUACAAGGAACGGAUUAACCCGGUGGGCAAAACAGAUAGAGGAAGGUGUUUUUCUGAUCAACGGGCAAGCUAAAGACGAUGACACAGAGCUAUUGGAAGGGCAGAAAAAGUCUUCAAGAGGAAAUAUUCAACACAGUAUUCAACCCUUUGAUGUGAAGGUUCUGACGCAAUUGUCCCAGAGUUCAGGCCAUAGAUCUACAGCAACAGUGCAAGUCUGCAGUGGUUUCAUAAAUCUUAAAGGUGCUGUGAAAUGCAGAGCUUACAUCCAUAAUAACAAGCCAAAAGUUAAAGAUGCUAUUCAGGCUUUAAAGAGGGAUAUAAUAAACACACUCUCUGAUCGUUGUGCAAUAUUGUUUGAAGAUCUGCUUAUAAAUGAGGCACCCGACAAAAAAAAUUCUGAGAGAGAAUAUCAUGUCUUGCCUCACAGAGUGUUUGCCUCUAUUGCUGGAUCAAAUGUGAUGCUGUGUGAUUAUAAAUUUGGAGAUGAAACGGCUGGCGAAAUCCAAGAGCGUUUUUUUGAGAUGUUGGAUCAAGUUGUGCACGGGGAAGCUAUACAGAUAGCCGAGGAAAUAAACACAGUUGAUAUAAAGCCACCUGUCGACAACACAGAUGACACGCAACAGAUGCAAUUGACAAAAGCAACACUGCUAUUGAAACUUCAACAAAACAUGGCUGCAGCUUCGGUUGUCUCGAAGACCCCAGCGGUGCUAGUUGGCUGCACCAGAGGCCUUGCCCGGUCCAGAAUCAGUUAAGAAGGGCCCAUUGGUGAUGUGGCAGGUCAAAGCCAGGCAGGUGAGCAGUAGGGUCUGUGACGAGGAACUGAUUGGUGUUUGAUAGAUAUUGAGCACCAGUCUUCCCGCCACAGGGACUCCACUGUCACGUUCUGGCAUGGCAGCGUCAAACACAGUGGGUGCCGUGAGGAAAGAUGUAUAGCUGGUGGGUUAAAAAGGUUGUUGAACAAAGGCAAGCUUGGUUGGCACGUACCUUAUCAGGCAGCUUACCAGCUGCAAUCUCCCUCCUGAUGUGAGGGGGAACAAUGUGGCUCAGAACUGGAAGCCAUGGAAGAUGAGUCAGUGAGAGACUUCCUGUGAUGAUGCACAUAGUUGAGAGGAGUUUCACGUCAACAAGUUUGGUGCAUGCCAACCGUCUCCAUACUGGUGCGCAGUACUCUGCUAUUGAGUACGAGAUGGCAAGGGCUGAGGUCCUUAGGGUUGGAGCAUCUACUCCCUAUGAAGAACCUGCCAGUUUGCUGAGAAGGUUGUUGCGUGUCUUGACCUUCACUGCUUUCUUGCUCAGGUGUCAGUGUUCGGUUAAGGGUCACACCUAAGUAAACUAGAUAUGCUUCAGCUUCUGGCCUUUCAUUAUGAUGUUCAAUUCCCUCUUAAUGUUGGCAUUUGGAGGUGGAAUAUGUUAGAGACUAUUGCUGAUGCUAGACUGAAGGCAUGCCAUGUCUUGCAGUAGUUGGCCAGCUUUUCAGCAUCGUUACUCAGGAUCUUUUCCAGCACAGAGAAGGUCAGAGCCUGUAGCCUGCAGCAGAUGUUGUCUGCAUAGAUGAACUUCUAUGACUGGAUUGGUGGCACUCAGGCCCUGAUCUAGCCAUGCACUUAAGAUCAUACUUUAAGGAUGUGAGUAGUCCUGUUGGCAUCUGACUCUCAUGCUUAAAGUUAAACACGUACUUAUGUGCUUUGCUACAUCAGGACCAAAGUGUUCAGCAUUUUGUAGGAUAAAGUCCAAAGCAAAUAAUGAAAUAUUGAUGGGGCAGCAUGGGGGGUUUGUGAUGAGAGAAACAAUAUAGUAGCGGUGAUUUUAAAUAUAACAUCAGUAGCCUUUUAAAAAUAUUUCCACAGAUGGGAGUUGUAGGUGAUCAGCAUAUCUCAGAAUCAGAACCAGAUCUAAGUUCCACAAAACAGAUAAUAAGGAAACCUGCCCUUAAAACAAAUAGCUGAGGUAGCCCUAUUGCUUUCUGGGAAGCCACCAUUUUAAUAUCCUCUCUUUUGACAAUUAAGAAAGAGAGAGAGAGAGAGCAGGCAAGUGGCUUCUUCCAAGGUGCAUUGAAUGAAUAUAUGAAUUAGCUUGUAUCAGUGCUCAUGCAGCUAUCACUAUGCUGCUUGCAAGGAUGAGCUAUGCUACCUUGGUAAUGAAUUCCAGCCAUCAUAGAAGUUUUUCCUCAAUCAAUAUUGUAUGAUAGUCUCUGGUGCAGACAUCACGCUGGUGAGCAAAGAAAUUGUAGUAAGUCUUUAGGAAAAUGUUUCCUUUUUAAAAUGUGACUAGAUAGACUGUGUCUAUCUUGAUUUAUACUUGGUAUUUGAUUAGUCAGUGGAACAACUACAACACCAACUUAAAGCCUACUUAUACCUGACCUUUGUUUUAUUUAAUAUUUUUAGAAGUAAUAUCUACAUUUCUGUAAUUUGGAGGUUAAAAUUUUUUUGUUUGUUUGUGCAUAUGACAGUCCUUUCCUCUCAAUAGUCAGCCAGUUUGCCCUGCUUGUGUUUAUGUAUCUUCUGCAUAACAAAACUGGGGAGAAACAUUUUAAAACAAUAGGAAAAUGUGAUUUGUAAAACUACAAAAAUUGACCAUGGAACUUGGGGCAAGUGCAGUAUCUGAAACAACAUUUAAUUCAUGUAUUGGAAUUGUUUAAGUUUCAACUUGUUUGUGUCCCUUUUAUCUGAAACCUUUAAUCUGAGAGUCAGUUUGCUAUCAAGAAGCCAUAAGGUAGAGUUGAUGUGUUAGAUUUUUGGUGAUCUGGCCCAUAAGAGUAGAGUUUAUGAUUAAUUGAAUCUCUGAAGAACUUUGCACUUUGAAAAAUAAUUUAUGUAGAUUGUCUUGUAAAAUGAAUUUAUAUGACUAACGAUAUAAGCUGAUAUUUAGGCAUUGUAGUGCUACUCAGCAAUGUUAAAAAUGACUCUUAUUGUUCCCACUUUUCCUUUUCUUCACACCCUGACUUGCGGUGAUUGUACUCUCCUCUUCACUCACAGAAGUUAUAUUUCCUUUGUCGUUUUAGGUGUGGUAAUAGCGGCUGCAGUUGCAAUCUUUGCAGUAGCUUUCUUCUUUAAUUACUUCAGUGACUAGACUCCAAGC